AAACCAUGAAGGCACCAAAUUGAUCACUGGACUUCCAUGCAACCAAGCCCAGAUCCCCGGGGGAUAAAAGGGGCACCCGCAUUCCCUUCCCUCAGAGAGCUGCUGAGUCUCUCUGGCUGCGCAGGGCCCUUCUCUGGUGCCGUGAUGAACCGGGCGCUCAGCAUGAGGACAGGGGGUGGAGGCCGAUCCUACAGCGCUGCCUCGGCCAUAAUUCCGAGUGGCAACAGGGCUGGCUUUAGCUCUGUGUCCGUGGCGCGAGCGGGAGGAGGCGGAGGUGGCUUUGGGAGGCUCAUUGGAGGAGGUGGCGGCGGCGGUGCUGGUGUUGGUGGAGGUUUUGGCAGCAGGAGCCUCUACAACCUUGGUGGGAGCAAGAGGAUUUCCAUCGGGGUUGGAAGCAGCUACCGAGCGGCGUUUGGGAGCGGAGGUGCUGGUGGCUCCGGCCUGGGAGGUGGUGGAGGAGGCGGAUUUGGUGGUGGUGGAGCUGGUGGUGGCCUCGGGCUGGGGCUCGGUGGUGGAGGAGGUGGGUUUGGUGGUGGCGGAGCUGGUGGUGGCCUUGGGUUGGGGCUCGGUGGUGGCGGUGGCGGAUUUGGCUUUGGUGGAAGUCCUGCUGGGCUUGGCUUUGGUGGUGGGCAUGGAGGUGGUGGAGGGCUUGGCUUUGGUGGGAUGGGYGGGCUGGGAGGAUUCCCCGCAGGGCUGGGCGGUGGCAGGAGUCCAGCGGGGUUUCCUGGUGGCCCUUCUGGAGUGGGCACAAUCCARGAAGUGACCGUCAACCAGAGUCUGCUGGCCCCGCUGAACCUGGAGAUAGAUCCRAACAUCCAGCAGGUGCGGAAGGAUGAGAAGGAGCAGAUCAAGACCCUCAACAACAAAUUUGCUUCCUUCAUUGACAAGGUUCGCUUCUUGGAGCAGCAGAACAARGUGCUGGAGACCAAAUGGACCCUCCUGCAGGAGCAGGGCCAAAAAAACAACUCCAGCAAGAGCAACCUGGACCCGCUGUUCGAGGCCUACAUCAACAACCUGCGGCGGCAGCUGGCCAACCUGCUCAACGAGCGCGGACGCAUGGACGGCGAGCUCAAGAACAUGCAGGACCUGGUGGAGGACUUCAAGAACAAGUAUGAAGAGGAAAUCAACCGGCGCACAGCAGCAGAGAACGAAUUCGUGGUGCUCAAGAAGGAUGUGGAUGCUGCUUACAUGAACAAGGUGGAGCUGGAGGCCAAGGUGGACGCCCUGAGUGAUGAACUCAACUUCCUUCGGGCCCUCUAUGAAGCGGAGCUGGCCCAGCUCAGUGCCCAAGUGUCCGACACCGCCGUCAUCCUGUCCAUGGACAACAACCGGGACCUGGACCUGAGCAGCAUCAUCGCUGAGGUCAAAGCUCAGUACGAGGACAUCGCCAACCGGAGCCGYGCCGAGGCCGAGGCGUGGUACCAAACCAAGUUCGAGGAGCUGCAGGCCACGGCUGGGAAACAYGGUGACGACCUGCGCAACACCAAGGGCGAAAUCUCAGAGCUCAACCGGCUCAUCCAGAGGAUCCGCUCCGAGAUCGAGAACACGAGGAACCAGUGUGCCACCCUACAGACGGCCAUCGGAGACUCUGAGGAGCGUGGGGAGCUGGCCCUCAAGGACGCCAAGGCAAAGAUGAUUGAUCUGGAGGACGCCCUGCAGAAAGCCAAGGCYGACAUGGCCCGGCAGCUCCGCGAGUACCAGGAGCUCAUGAACGUCAAGCUGGCCCUGGACAUCGARAUYGCGACCUACARGAAGCUGCUGGAGGGCGAGGAGAGCAGGCUCAGCGGGGAGGGACUGAACCCCAUCAGCUACUCGGUCAUCAGCUCCAGCUCUGGCAUGGCUGGUGGACCUGGCUUAGGAGGAGGAUUUGGUGGACUGAGCCUGAGUGGAGGAGGCGGCGGAGGCGGUUUUGGCCUUGGAGGAGGAGGUGGAAGCGGUUUUGGCCUUGGAGGAGGUGGUGGAAGCGGUUUUGGCCUUGGAGGAGGCGUUGGAAGUGGUUUUGGCCUUGGAGGAGGCGGCGGGAGCGGUUUCGGUCUCGGAGCUGGCAGUGGAGGAGGAGGAGGAGGAGGCUACAGCUUUGGAAGUGGAGGAGGACUUGGACUCGGGGCUGGAGGUGGUCUUGGAGGCGGAUUUGGAGGAGGGAGUGGUCUGRGCACCGCCGGUGGCUACGGCCACGCUGGAGGCGGCAGCAGCGCCCUGAGCACCAGCGGAGGGAAUUUCAGCUCUGGAAGUGCRAAAGGCACCAACCCGGGUGUGAAAAUCGUCUCCAAAACCUCCUCCAGCAAAAAGAGCAUCAAGAGCCAAAGCCUGAAGAAYGCCACAGAGCCUGAGUAAAGCCAAGCCCAGACCCUCCCGGGGUUCCUGCGUUUCUCCUGCCCCAUUUUCACCCACCUGCUCCUCUCCAGCUGCCUCUGCCCUGCUCCUGCUCUGUAGUUCUCAUGCAUUUGGAUCUCAAGUCAAGAAAAGCAGCAGAACACACAAAAAACUGGAGCUCUCCAAGUCCCUGAAAUGGGAGUAAAAGGAAAACACUGGCCGGAGUGAUUGUUCUGGAUGGAGAAUUGGUUUUGUUUUCCAUUUGUUUGUUUCUAAUAAGGCCGAGCAGUUAGUUUGGGAUCAAGGCCACCCACAGCCAUCAGCCAAAAGAGAGCAAACAGCAGGGAAGGUUUUAGCUCAGCUCUGGCCCCAGAAGCCCAGAAAUGGGGUGAGAAUGAGUGUUUAUCUCACCCUGCCUUGCCUUCACUGCUGGGAUGAGCCCAACUCGCUCCUCCACAGGAGCAGCUCAUCUUUAUUGGAGACCUGGGUCAUUUUUCUGCUGUGUAGAAAUACCCCUGGAGGCUGCUCAGAGAUCCCAGGCAGUGGCUUGUAAGGCCCCCCUUAAAAUAUCCUUCAUUCUGAGUCACUCUGGUGAGAUGGAAAAUCCCUCUUUUCUCCAUUCACAGCCAAGUUUUGAAAGAUACGAUUCUUCAGAUAUUGCCAAGUUUGGAAUAAUAUGAUUCUUCCAGGUAUCGCCAAGUUUGGAAUAAUAUGAUUCCUCCAGAUUUUGCCAAGUUUGGAAUAAUAUGAUUCCUCCAGAUUUUGCCAAGUUUUGCCGCUGAGUCAGCUCCAGGCACUUGAGCCUGGCCAGGGGUUCAGAGUGUUAAUGUUCGAGCUGCAACCUGAGAUCCUUCCACCCACGCAUGAGAACUCAAUGUGCCACGAGCUUAUCAAAAAGCUUUUCCCAAAUCACUCUCCUGCUCCUGUCCUUUCUCUUCUUAAAUGAGUUUGCCCACAGUGGCACCUUACACAUAACCCUGGCGGUUGUUUUUGUCAGAGGAUUCACCAGUAAUUGAUCCAACACCAUGGAAAAGGGCUUGUUUUCUAAAUGAUAGGAUUUUAAAAUUCUAAAUAAUGUCUGAGUCC